AUGGCCGCAAAAUCCCAAGACCAGCUCACGCUCCAGGGCGCAAAAAUCGCCAUUGCAGCAGCAGAAGCCGAAGCCCGCGCAAUCGGCGUGGACAUGAACAUCGCCAUCGUCGACGCCUCGACACAUCUCUUGCACUUCUCACGCAUGCCUAGCGCCAAAAUCACAUCUAUCAGCAUCGCAAUGGAUAAGGCCUUCACAGCUGCAGGCCAUCGCGUGGGUACCCAUAUGUAUAAGGAGGCAGUAUGGCCUGGUGGUGUAGCUUAUGGCUUGGGCAAUUCAAACGGCGGCCGGUUCACUACGUUUGGGGGUGGGCUGCCGAUCAAGAAUGCGAAAGGUGAUGUGAUCGGAGGAAUUGGCGCGAGUACUGGAACGCCGGCACAAGAUGAACAAGUUGUCAGGGCAGGGGUUGAGGCUGUUGAGGAGGUGCUUAGAGAGGAGGGCAAGAGGUCGUCUAAGCUAUAG